CCUCUACCUUCAAAAUUAUCCUCCAAGGAAUAUACCAACACCACUUGCUAAAAUCGCUAGCUAUAUCAUAUAGUAGCCAUAUUCUCACUCAUUCUUCGACAAUGGAUAAUUGUUGUGCAGGGAAUUUCUUCAAGAAAAAACAAUCUCUUCCCAUUGAUACGACAUUCAAGCUUCCUGUACCUGUUUCAAAUUCUUCUUGGCCUCCAGGUGGUGAUUUUGCCACUGGAAUAAUUGACCUGGGUGGACUACAAGUGUCUCAAAUAUCAGCAUUCAACAAAGUUUGGACCACACAUGACGGUGGACCUGACAAUCAAGGUUUCACCGUGUUUGAACCAUCAAUACCACAAGGUUUCUUCAUGUUGGGUUGCUACAGCCAACCCAACAACAAGCCACUUUUUGGAUGGGUUCUUGUUGCAAAAGAUGUGUGCUGCGAAAAUACAAGGAACCCCGCUCUAAAACAACCAGUUGAUUUCACACUUGUAUGGAACAAUGCAUCUAUGAAGAUUAGCCAAGAUGAUCCUGUGUAUGUUUGGCUUCCAACACCACCUGAUGGGUAUAAAGCUCUAGGCCAUGUUGUCACCACCACACCAGAGAAGCCUUCCCUUGACAAAAUCAGGUGUGUCAGAUCAGACCUCACUGACCAAUGUGAGACAAAUUCAUUGAUUUGGGAAUCAGGCAGCUUCAGUAUUUAUGAUGUUAGACCAAGCAAUAGGGGAAUUGAAGCUCCUGGUGUUAGAGUAGGCACCUUUGUUGUUCAAAAUGGGAGUGCCAACCCUCCAUCUAUUUCUUGUUUGAAAAACACCAACACCCUCCCAAAAUACAUGCCUAAUCUACAACAAAUCAAUGCAUUACUCAAAGUUUAUUCUCCAAAUAUGUACUUGCAUCCUAGUGAAGAAUACAUGCCGUCUUCAGUGGAUUGGUUUUUCUCCAAUGGAGCUCUACUAUAUAAGAAAGGGCAAGAGUCAAAUCCUGUUCCAAUAGCACCAAACGGCACAAACCUGCCUCAGGAUCAUAACAAUGAUGGUGCCUAUUGGCUGGACCUGCCUGCUGGUGCAGCCAACAAAGAGAGGGUCAAGAAAGGAAACUUGCAAAGUGCCAAAAGUUAUGUACAUGUGAAACCAAUGCUUGGAGGAACCUUCUCUGACAUUGCAAUAUGGGUCUUCUACCCAUUCAAUGGCCCUUCAAGAGCAAAAGUUAAGUUAAUUUCUUUUCAAUUGGGGAAAAUCGGUGAACAUGUUGGGGACUGGGAGCAUGUGACACUAAGGGUAAGCAAUUUUAGUGGUGAACUAUGGCAGGUCUAUUUCUCACAACACAGCAAAGGUACAUGGGUUGAUUCCUCUCAGAUUGAGUUCCAAAGUGGUGGCAACAAACCACUAUUCUACUCUUCCUUGCAUGGUCAUGCAUCAUACCCACAUGCUGGACUUAGUCUUCAAGGGGAAGAUAACAUAGGCUUAAGGAAUGAUACUGAUAAAAGUAACAAUGUUAUGGAUAUGGGGGCAUUUGAAUUAGUUUCUGCUGAAUAUUUAGGUUCUGCAGUCAUACAGCCUCCUUGGCUUAACUAUUUCAGGGAAUGGGGUCCUAAAAUUGAUUAUAAUAUAGAUGUUGAGCUGAAGAAGAUUGAGAAAUUCUUGCCUAAGAAUCUAAAAUCUGCACUGGAAAAGAUUUUGAAGAGUUUGCCAAAUGAGGUGCUUGGAGAGGAAGGACCGACAGGUCCAAUGGUCAAGAAUAAUUGGAACGGAGAUGAAGUUUGAAGAUUGUAACCUUUAAAUACGAUUCUUACGAUAAUAGUGUGUAUGCAUAGUUAGAUAUUGGAUUGUGUAAUUGUAACCAGUUAGGAGUUGUUGCUCUGUUACAAUUUAACUGUAAUAGCUUUCGGUCACAAUAAUUUAAAUAGGAUUUUAUUACUAUUA